UAACUUGUACGCCAUUUUUGUAGCCAGAACAACAGAUCACGCAAGUUGAAGCGAGAGCAAAGUCGAGCUACGUGGCUCUCAAUUUUCAACAAACUCAAACAAUUGAAGAAAAACUGUACAAAAUACUUCUAGAAUAUUUCACAAAUUCUUGCCAUUCAACCAAACAGAGUUUUCUUCCACGAAAUGACCUUCAACCCAAUCGGAGGUCGGCCCAGGAACCCAGCCGCACCCUAUUUUCCCCACGUCACACAAAACCCAAAUGUUACCGUUGAUCACGCGGCAGCAGCCACUCAGGAAUGCCGAGACUUGGCACAUGCGCUUCAAACUCUAGGCGUGCGAAAUCCGACAGCCGAGCAACUGACAAUGAAAAACCUCAUAAGACAAGACUACCAUUACGCAAGCCAGUACGAGCCCAGCACGAUGAGUCGCCAAGUUGGGAGUGGUCUAUCGCCCUCGGGAAUCAAUCGUGCCAUGGCUCAGUCGACAGCAUCGUCCCCCACAGUCAAUCUGUUUUUGGCGGGGUUGACACAAAGUGGAAGACAAUCGACUGGAAGCACCUCGUCCUCAGCCACCGAGUCCUCGGAGAUUUAUGGAAAUCAUUCUAUACCUGUAAUCAAGCAUGACUCCCCUGCAGCACGGUCCAACGAGCGUCAAAUUCUAGCGAGGAGACAACCUUUACUACUUGCCCCCAACAGUGCACCCUCCCCCCGAUCAUCCAGCCUGUUCGUGGCACCUUCGCCCGAGGUGUUCUCGGACUUUUCUUCAUCUUUGAUGCAGACACAAUCAGCAGCUGCAGACAUGUAUGACGUCAUACGCAGGAAUCAGAUGGUGGAAAAAACACUGAAUCAUGCGACCGACAAUCUCUACAUAAGAAGCCAAACACAUCAAAACUCUCCGUCUCAAUCACCAACUCACACAUCAAAUCACAACCUACAAAUCAGAGCCCGAAACAGAGAGGCUUAUCCUGCAGUCUCAUACACCGGAAAUCACAGGCAACAAAGCGAUAAUCGUCAUAAUCAUCUUCAUCAUCAGCAGCAAGGAUACUUACUAGGAAGGCAGCUACAACAACAGCAGCAUCAAUUACAACAACAGAUAAAAUAUUUUCACCAAAAGCAGCAGCAGCAGCAGCAACAACAACAACAACAACAACAACAACAACAGCAGCAAAAAAAUCUGCAUAAUCACCAGUUGAAUGAUCUCCGAGCUAAAGCUGGCGCAGUGUCUUCGCCCGAAGCUGGUCGAAAUUCCAGUGCAGUAAGCGUUAUUAAACAUUUGCAGGGACAUGCUAAUCACGCUAGUGCGCCACAGUUGAGACAUACGGUCCAAAACGUCCCUGGAUCCUCGAACAUCCAGGUGGCACCUCCUCCUCUGCUCUCUGCAGCUGGGCAUUUCAUGUAUCCUUCGCGACCUGCUGAGUCAAUAGGUACAAAAUCAUACACAAGCAAUGUUCGGAAUGUCAGUUAUUCAAGCGCUCAACUGUUAAACAGAGAAAUGCAAAGAGAGCAACAGCGAAUGAGUAAUCGAGCAUCGGUCAUCAAAUCGCCGCCUCCCUUGCCUAAGUUGAUUCACCGGGACAACAUGCUUACGCCUAAACGAGCCAAAUUAGACUCGGGAGCGGAUGCCAAUAGUUUAUCUUCAGUCUCUGACAGCCAAUCGCCGAGGAGGUCCAGUAGUUCAGAAAGACCCGGAUCCCUCGCCAGUAUUGGUCAAACUGUCCCGGAAAGACCAAGAAGACCUUCCACGCCCAUGGAACCGCUGGACUUAUCAAUAUCAACGCUCAAAGCUACGAGAAACGCCGAAAUUUCUCAUAUUUUAUCAAAACCUUCCAAUUUAGAAAACUUCCAAACAUCUGAACAGAAAAAAAUGUCUGAUAUUGAUGACGAUGAAGUUUUGUGUCUGGAUGACUUGAAACCAGAAGAGUGCCAGAAAGUAAAAAGAGGGCGACCGCCAAAACUGAAGAUGCCCGAAGUGCUUCAGAGGGACAAAUUAUCGCCAAGAAAUGAUGCCAAACUUGCCAGCAUUGACGAAAUGAUCCGAAAUGCGCUCGCGUCCACUGAUAUUAGGAACCUUAUCAAUCCGGCUCAGUUUGACAGGCACUAUUACGCCAGUAAAUUGGAACAAGAAGCCAGAGCUGAAGCACUGGAAAAUAAAACGAAAAUAACAUCAGAAAACUUGGUAACUGACAUAACUAAUAAACCUGAAAAUCAAAGUUCUGCCAUUGAAGUUUUUUCUGCUUCUGUUACAAAUCAAAGUAACUCUACUGAAACUGGAGAAACUUGCGGCCAAAAGAUCUUCAAAGACUUGCACCAGUUUGGGUGGCCAAGAUACAAGAAAAUUAAGCCAAAAGCAAUUAGGCCGACAGUUAAUCUUAACAUAAACGCCUCAACAUUAGCCCAAAACAGCAAUGAAUAUGAACAAGAGCGAGGAAAAGAGUGUGAGGAACCCUCAAGGAGACCGUUUUCGAUUAUCAAGUUCAAAAGUGACAAAAGCAACGUUACGAAGGCGGUCGAUGGUGAUUUGGUCAUCAAGACGAAUAAUGAUUGCAAUGAUCAGUUAGCCGAAAACAGUACUGACGCCAUCAGUUCGGCUGAAGCCCCGAAGAAGCUGGAAACACUCGGUUUGAGCAGCGAUGUCUUGAACUGCCAAAAAGAAAAAGAUAGUAAAAAUGAGAAAAGAAGAAACGAACAAGAAAUGAAGAUCGGUGACUUUCUUUUCAUCCAGAAAAAGAGUCCAACGUCCACACAGUUCAUGUCUUCCGCUUUGGACCAAAGACUGUCCAGUGAAAAAAGCGAACGAAUCGAUAACAAACAACAGGAGCCUCUGAAGCCACCGGAUUGCAAACAUAAAGACUACGGAAAUGAAGAUCAAAUGGAAAAGAAAAGAAUCAGAGAAGUAACUGAUAAUUCAAACGUCGAGGGACAUGAGGACGAUCGUGUUGCUACGAACAAAGAAACGACCAUCGAAAAAGUUUCUAAAAAGCAUGAAGAGGAACGCAAAAAAGAAAAACCAAAUGAAAAAUUUGAUGAUUUAGAAAAAUUCAGAAAUGAUGCCCCACACAUUACACUGCCUGGUCACACGAACGACUCUAAAAAGAGCGAUCAUGAGACUGACUCUUCAUUCGACCUUGACGAGGAUGAAAAUAAACCUGCCUCGGUUUUCAAGGAUGCUACGGAAAAAGAAACGACAGUUAAAACUGUAGAAAAGAAGACUGAAGAUAACAAGUCAAAAAUGACCACUGAUGUCAGUAGGAAUGAUAACAAAAAGGAGAAAAGCGUUCAAAAAACGAGGACGGUUUCGGAGACAAUAGCAGAAAUGGCUUUUUCUGAAGACAUUUUAGAAGGAGAGAUCAAGUCUCCCUCCCAGUUUCUUUGUGGACCAAUACUUGAUGGAGAAAAGGUCCUAAGAGAUGCUGAAAGUAGUGAAGAAGAAUCGAACUCUCGAUCUGUUUACUCAGACUCUGCGAUAUAUGACUUGAUUAAAACUGAAGACGCAAAAGUUUCGCCUGAACAUUGCAGUUAUCUGACAUCACCUUCCGACAAAACUUCGUCGUCUUUGGAUGCUUUGAACAUUGUCAAAGAUGGGACUUAUGGUUUUGUUGCGUCAACAUCCAUCAGAAGUAAUACCAUAACUACAUCUGACACAGCUACUACUAAUGAUAGUAGUGAUUAUAAAGUUAGUGAUAAUUGUGGAACUGAUGGUAGAAGUGGCAAUGGUUCUUUAGUGAAGACAAUUCGGUUGGAUGAGCUAAAAAUUUCUAUGAGUGGAAAGAGCGUGACCAAAAAGAAAAACCGGAAGAAGAGCAACAAAUGCGGCUCUUCGGGUACUCUUUUCAAUCUGGACAGUGUGAAGCCAGAGAGUAUGCGCAAGAUGAAAAAAGGAAAAGCAGACCGCGUCAAAAAACGCAGGAGAGAAGACGAGCGACGAAUGAUGAAAGAACGUGGGAAGAGCGAGCACCUCUCAAAGCAGAUAGCGAAAGCCAGACGGAAGCUGGAACAGAAUCUGUUUGGGCGCGACACCUCCAGUCUAGAGUGGGAAGACGAACCGAACGAACGACAAGCAGACUACGACGGGAUAUUAAAUGACGAGUCAUCAACUGCAUCGGGCAGUCCAAAAAGUGGAGAACAGAAUCUAAAAUCAAUCAAAAAAGUUAAAACUGACAACAAUCUCUCGAGCAUAAAAUGCGAGACAGACUCAAUUCAGAUGAAAGAAAAGGAUAAUGAGAAAAGGGAGAAAAAAACUUUGGAACCGGAACUGGAGGGGGGACAUGGGAAUGCGAAGGGGGAGGACAGGCUGAGAGAGAAACGGAAAAUGGCGGGGAGGAGGGGUGACGAGGAGGAACUGCGCAUUAUGGUCACGCCAGACAUAAUACGAGAACAAAACAAACUGAUCCAAUUCUACAACCGCAAGCAGACGUUGAGACAAUCACGUGACAGCAAUUCCAGGAAAAGACGCCAUUGCUUGCCGCUGGAAAACAAUGACCGCAACAGCUCUGACGUCAUCAAACCCGGUUCAUCAUCUGUUUCUGAUCAUUUGACCUCUACAGCUAUCAAUAGUGAUAGCGUGUUGACUACUAUUGGUAAAAAUAGCAGUAUCAAUCGUAAGAGUGUCGCUACGAAUAGUACUUCUAGCUUUCCAAGAAAGUAUGACACAAGCUACGUACCAUUGAGGCACAGCGUGGUUGACUUUUGUGAGAAACGAAAGCAAAACAGUGGCCUCUAUUCGAAUGUCUUCCAGUCUCCGAGAAACUUCCGGAUCCCGAAAAGAGACAAACCCCGUAGUCCAGAAAAGGAAGAUAAAGAUGAGUCACGAGAGGGGAGUGGGUCACAAAUUGGGUCUCGGGCGAGGGGAAGUAAAAGUGAAUUGAUGGGUGCUGUUGGAAUGGAGAUGAAAAACGACUGUCAAAUCGACUACGAGGAGGGCGAGAAAAUUCAAGAGUGUUCCGAGCUCGACCAAACAUUUUCACAAGAUUUCGGAUACGGGAAGAGAAACAAAUCUAGCGCUGAAUCAUCCAGCUCAGGUGCCAAUGAAGCGGCAGAGAAACCAGAUCAACUUCAGAUGGGGUCGCAGUCGUCGCAGACUUCCGUGUCACCUUCGUCUUCGACAUCUAUUCACACGUCGCAACUGGACGGCAACAUGCCAGAGUUUGACAUCGAAACGGACAAUAUGCGCAUCAAGAUCUCACUGGAGUUUAAACACAGCCAGCAAAUGGCGUCUUCGUCACCAUUUGCAUCGCUGCCACAGCUGAACACAAGCACAGCAACAACUAGCACUACCUCACUAACACCUCACACCGUGUCAGCAUCAUUAGGCGUGGAUGAUCAGGAUCAGGCACCUUCAACGUCAAGAAACUCAAACAGAAGUCCCUCCAAUCUAUUUCAACCGCCCUUUGCGCCUAUAAUGUCGCCAACAUGGUCCCGAAUAUCAUCUUUGGGUAGCUCUGAUAAGAACACAUCAAAAUCAUUGCAAUCUCAAGACGAUGGCACGACGGAAAUGGAUACCAGCUGCUCCUCUGUGCCUAACCAUCGUGAAGCAACUGAAAAACCUGAUGAAACCAGAAAAGCUAAUUAUCUCAAGCGUAAAUUUAGUCAAUUGAGUUGCUCUGAGGACGAAAAUUCACAUGACAACAGACUGUCAAUAGACUUUGAAUCCUCCGAGAACCUGACAACGAUUGAAAACCUCCACCCUUUGAGCGUUCAAAGUAUCUCAGACGACGACGAGCCAGAGCGGACAUCUGACUGCAAAGGGCUAUUUGAGGUUAAGACCAAGAGAGAGCCAAGUGAGACUAAGGAACCACUUCCACAAGAACUGGCUGCGAUAAAGUUGAACAAGAAGUUUGGUGAGACCUGGAUGCACAGGGCUGCCAUGGAUAACUCUCUGGUGAUGUUCGAGUAUGGACUGCGUGUUCAGGGGACAGACGGAAUUCAUUCUGUGGACCAUAACGGAGAUUGUCCUCUGCUGGUGGCGGCCAAAAGUAAGAGUGUUCAGGUGGCAGAAAGAAUUUUGCAGGAGGGCGCAGAGGUGUCACAAGUCAAUACAUACACUGGCUCAUCAGCUUUGCAUUGGGCAGUUGAGUUGGACUGUGUAGAAAUGGUUACUCUACUGCUGUCGUUCGGGGCUGACUUUUCCCAGAGGAACUUCCAGGGUGUCUCCCCCACCCACCUGCAGCACACCAUGUCCACGACCAUGCUCACUCUCACUCAGGCCUCUCUGUUCGACAAAUUCCGUGGCUUCUUCUUCGACCGAAAUUCAAACUUGUGCGACUACAACCCAUUUGUGUUGACUGAUUUCGAGAGUAUUUGUCAGGAUAGUUUGGAGGAUGAGCAGUAUGUGAGUGAACAUUUGAUUCACUUCUCAGAACACAUGGAAACGCCCAUGUCAUUUCCACAUUCAGCCCAUGAUAGUCAACUUCAAGGUCAAACGCCUAACGGCAAAGGUCAAGGUCAAAGUCCAAGCGAAGAACAAGACACAUAUGACCUUUUAAUACCUGCAGCAGACGGAAAACCAGAAAAAGCGAAAAAAGUUCUAGAAAGUUCAGAAAAAACAACAGAAAAAUUUACAGAACAAAACCAAGCAGAAGUUUCAGCAGAAAAAUCAAAAGAAAAAACAGCAGAAAGUCAAGAAAACAAGUUAGAACAAAACUUAGAAAAAGAAAGAAACAAAUUUGAUUUUAAAGACCCAAAGAACGAAGACGUGACAAAAUCGAAGGAGUCUCAAGAAUCAAGAAGUCUGAACGAUAGCCAAGAUGCGGACAAAAAUCACAAGAGCAAAGAAUGUUGUGAUAGCAGAACAGAACAUCUGGAAAUUACCCAGAAAGAAUUGAACACUGUAGAUCUAGCGCAGAAUGGAUCAACAUACGACAGAAAUUAUCAAAAUAAUCUGAGCGAAAAAGAGGCAAAAGAAGAUGAAGAUGAAGGAGAAAAUUCAGCAGAAACGACAAACGAAAACUUUGUCGAUAAGUCCAAAGGAAGUAACCAACAAACGACGGAAGAAAAAAUUGAAAACGGUUACGGAAAUCUAGAGAAAGGCGACAAAAGCAACAAAAUCGUCGAAGAAAAUGGAGAAGAUAAUCAAAACCGCCAAAAAGAAGCAGAAGAAGGUGAAAUUGUUGUCGUCGAACUGUCUGAGAAACAAACCAAUCGUGAUGAUGGCAAUAAUUAUUAUGAGGAUGACUAUGAAGAUGAUUUGGAAAUUGACAGAGAACUUGAGAUAGAUUUAACCGAAAUCGACUUGUCUUCAUUCGGCUCUCAACCAACCGCCUCGCUGACUCCUGAUUCAAACUCUUCAGAAUUGCCAAUCGAAGUUUACGAAAUAGUUUAAACAAUUCAACUUUGUUUAAUCAAUUCAUCCUUUGCACCAAUAACAGUAACGCUAUGAAUAGUCGUUAUUUCACAUCAUAUCGGCGUAUCGAUCAAACUUUCACUAAAAUUUUACAUGCUGCGAAAAAUGCAUAAAGUCAAACGAAAAAAGCCGUUUAUUAAUGUUUUUGUAAAAUUCAAAAUUCUUUCUUGUAAAAAUUUUAUUUUAACUCACUUUUAUCUUUAUCUUUUUAAAAGUUUUAUCGUUCGCAUUAUGAAAAAAAUGUUAGUGUGAAUAAACUUAC